AGCCUCCACACGUGUCUAUACUCUCCCGCGUGCUGGAUCUAUCCGUUAAGCCCUAAUCUCUCUCUCUUCCUCUGUUCCACAACUCCAUUGAUUGAAACCAAAAACAAGAGAAAAAAAAAUUCAAGAACCAAGCUUUCCCCAAUAAACCAAAAAAAACCCAAAUGGGAAAACUGAUAUACGAUUCGACUGCGUCGUCGCCGGUAAUCCCCUGGCGCGACCCCACCUCCUCUCCCUCCCCCAUCCCCGCCGUUGACCAGUCAACCGCCUCCACCUGGGACAACGUCUCCGGUCUAGAAGACCAACAGAAACGCCACCUCACCAGACUCCACCACAAGGGCGUCCUCUGGAAGCCCCCCGGUUACAACAAUAGCAACGCUAACGGAGAUGGUAACGGCGAUGAUGACGUGGAGGGGGUGGUGUUCAGGCUGAGCCACGGGGGGGACGUGGAGGCGGACGGGAACUGCCUGUUCACGGCGUCGCAGAGGGCGAUGGGGCUGAGCAAGGGGAAGGUGGACGGGAGGGAGCUGCGGCGGAGGACGGUGAGGAGGUUCUUGGAGGAGAGAGAGGGUUCUGUUGGUGAGGAGGAGAGAGAGGCGAUUGAUGCGGCUAUAAAGCAUAUGUAUUAUCCGGAUCUGAGGUGCGGGUGGGGGGUCCACGUGGUGCAGGAGGUGAAGAUGUUGGCGAGGAAGGAGGACAGGGAGGGGCUGGAUAAGGCCAUUGAGGAGCUCGUUGAUCUUGGAAUGCAACGAGAAUUGGCGGCAGAGUCUAUCUACAAAGAGAGAUGUAUUGCAGUGGAUGACGGCCUGAGUUGGGCCAAGUACAUGUCAAUCUCUGGUUCACCUGAUGAUGAACAUGAUAUCAUCACUUUGCAAUAUACCGAGGAAGGUUUAUUAACCAUAGAUGAGAAUAGAGAAGGUCAUGCUGCUGCAUUCGGAGAUGACAUAGCAAUAGAGUGUCUUGCAACAGAGUUCAAAAGAGAGAUCUAUGUGGUGCAAGCACACGGAUCAGAUGCAAUGGUGGAUGAAGAAAAUUGUGUUUUCUUCCUUCCGCAUCGUCCAAGGUGUCAAAUUUGUGAUCCUCCCUUCUUCCUCUUCAUGAAAGGAACAGGUUGGUGUGGGGCCGGAGGAGAUCAUUACGAGCCCCUUAUUGCUCAUCCUUCAUCACUUCUUAACCAGGAGAAGGUUGCGCUGGUACUCUAAGGUCGUCGUUAGCCUGGCAGUUUUGUUGGCUUUUAGAGGUUGAAUAGAAGUAGUCAUCAUUUUUUUUCCCCAGAUUUAAUCCUGAACUCCUUAUUCAUUCCUAGGCGCAAGGAGAAUUUCAUGGCAUUACACAAUUUUUCGUACCCCAUUUUUUUGUAGGCUCAGUCAGUUUGGACUCUAAAUUGCAGGUUUCCCUGCCUGCCUUUGAGCAACCCUUUAGUGUGCCGUAGUUGUAGUGGUUUCACCGGCUUCUGUUGUUGUUGUCGAGUUUUCCUUCAGGUUUUACCGUCUUUUUGUUGUAUCUGACAUUCAGGAUUCUUACCAAUUCAAUGAUGGCAAAAGUUGAGGUUGUUUCAGCAAAA